AUGGCCGCUAUCUCCAGAAGAGUACGUGCCCUCGUUGAUCUUGCUACUGUAGUAGCCAUAUGUCUCAACCUUUUUGUUUAUUUAUACCCAGACAUUCUCAAUGAUUCCAAGCAAUGUAACUGGUCAAACACUAAACCCUUGCAAUCAAAAUACAAGUUUUUAAACAAUAACAACAUCCCGCAGAAGAUCUUGCAACCACUUUUAUUCAACUUUCCAGAGCUUCGAGAGAGCCAACCUAUUCAUAACGAUAGCGAGAUUCACAUGCUUUUAUUUGGUGAUCCACAGAUCAAUGGAAAUUGGCCACUGACCAAAUAUAUAAAGAGACUCGAUAAUUAUGGCAACGACUACUACUUGGGCCAUAUCUACGAUCGAAUGUCCAAGAGAUUGAACCCAUCACAUGUUGCAGUUAUGGGAGAUCAUUUCUCAAGUCAGUGGAUCUUGGAUUCAGAAUUUUAUAAUCGAACAUAUAGAUAUGUUGAACGAUUAUUCACUCGCGACAAAGAGUACAAGCAAAAUGUUCUUGACACGUAUCAAAGACACGAAAAUUACGAUUGGAACCGUUGGUUAGAAGAUGAAAUGGCAAUGGACCCAAUGCACAGAUUCAAAUCCAGAGUUUAUGAAAACGUUUAUGACUGGAUCCACCCGGAAACGAAGGAAGCCAAUUUUCAAAACCCUUUGUUUAUUAAUCUUACUGGAAAUCAUGAUAUUGGGUAUAGUGGUGAUGCUACUUGGCAACAUAUGGCUAGGUUCCAUCACUUAUUUGGACAGAAUAACUAUGUCAUCAACUAUAAUCGGGGCACAGAAAGGGAGUGGAGAAUUGUGGUUCUCGACUCUUUAACUUUGGAAGGACCUGCAUUGCAACCAGAAUUUGUCAACUUUACUUGGUCCUUCUUGCACAAUUUAAGAGACGUUGAGAAUCCAAACUUUAAAGGAUCAACAAUAUUACUUACGCAUAUACCAAUGUAUAAGAAAGAAGGUUUAUGUCGUGAUGGACCUGAACACAGAUACUAUAUCGACAAUGAAAGGGAACCAUACAAAAAUGGUUUAUUGAGAUCGCAUAACCACCUUGCAUACAACACUACGCAAGAAGUGAUGAAUAUUGUAUUUCCCAACGCCGACCAGAAUGGUAUCAUCCUCACUGGGCAUGAUCAUGAAGGGUGCGACGAUUGGUAUCAUUUUGUUGAUGACGAAUGGGUGGCAUCAAAGAAUAAAGUUCAGCAAUUUGCCCCCCAUUCUCGCAAACCAGUUAGAGAAAUUGUUGUGCGGUCAAUGAUGGGUGACUACGAUGGACAAACGGGUAUACUCACAGGAGAAUUUGAUGGCCAUUGGAGUUUCAACUUUACUUAUUGUUCAUUCACUGUACAGCAUUGGUGGUGGGCAAGCAAAGUAUCUAUGCUUAUUGCAAUCUUUUUACAAUCCUUAAUCAGACUCCAUGCAUUGUGGAACUAG